CCCCCCUCCAAUCCUCUGCACCGGGGCAGGAGCAUGAAUGUUGAGCGCAGAUCUCUGCAUCGACUCUGUUGAAGACGUUGGAGAAGAUGCGCAAGGACGUGAGGAUAUUGCUUGUGGGGGAACCCAAGGUGGGGAAGACGUCCCUCAUCAUGUCCCUGGUCAGCGAAGAAUUUCCAGAAGUGGUUCCCUAUCGAGUCGAGGAGAUCACCAUACCAGCAGAUGUGACACCAGAAAAAGUUCCCACACACAUUGUGGACUAUUCAGAGGCGGAGCAGACAGACGAGCAGUUGUUCCAGGAGAUCUCUAAGGCAAAUGUGAUUUGCAUCGUCUACGCUGUCAACAACAAGACUUCCAUCGAGAAGGUGACAAACCACUGGAUUCCUCUCAUCACCGAGAACACAGACAAGGAUAGCAGAGUUCCUCUUAUCCUGGUGGGGAACAAAUCAGACCUGGUGGAGCACAGCAGCAUGGAGACCAUUCUGCCCAUUAUGAACCAGUACAGUGAAAUAGAGACAUGUGUUGAGUGUUCGGCAAAGAACCUGAAGAACAUCUCUGAGCUGUUCUACUAUGCCCAAAAGGCAGUCCUCCAUCCCACAGGUCCCCUCUACUGUCCUGAGAAAAAAGACAUGAAGCCUCUUUGUGUAAAGGCGCUGACCCGAAUCUUCAAAGUGUCGGAUUUGGACAAUGAUGGAAUCCUCAAUGAUAUUGAGCUCAACUUCUUCCAGCGAGUGUGCUUCAACAGCCCGUUGGAGCCUCAGGCGUUGGAGGACGUGAAAAACGUGGUCAGGAAGAACUUGAUGGAUGGAGUGCAGCAUAAUGGACUCACUCUAAAAGGCUUCCUGUUUCUGCACACACUGUUUAUUCAACGCGGUCGCCAUGAAACGACCUGGACAGUUCUUAGGAGGUUCGGAUACGAUGACGACUUGGAGUUGAAUCAGGACUAUCUCUUCCCCCCGCUGAAAAUUCCUCCUGACUGCACCACGGAGCUCAAUCACAAUGCCUACCUCUUCCUGCAGAGCGUCUUUGACAAACACGACAAGGAUCGUGACUGUGCCUUGUCGCCUGAUGAGCUGAGGGACUUGUUUGACGUUUUCCCCUACAUGCCCUGGGGUCCAGAUGUCAACAACACUGUUUGCACCAAUGACCAAGGCUGGAUCACCUACCAGGGCUACCUCUCACAGUGGACGUUAACGACUUAUUUGGACGUCCAGCGAUGUCUGGAGUAUUUAGGCUACCUUGGCUACUCGAUAAUUGCUGAGCAGGAGUCCCAAGCAGCAGGAAUCACAGUGACCAGAGCUAAGAAGAUUGACCUGCAGAAGAAACAGACUCAGCGCAACGUCUUCCGCUGCAACGUGUUUGGAGACAUGAGCAGCGGGAAGAGCGGCUUCCUGCAGGCCUUCUUGGGCAGAAACUUCGUGCGACAGAAGAUGAUUAAAGAGGAGCACAGAUCCUACUACGCCAUCAGCACAACAUAUGUUUAUGGUCAGGAAAAAUACCUCCUGCUUCAUGAGGUAUUCCCAGACUUCGACUACCUGACUGAUGUUGAUAUGGCCUGCGACAUUGUCUGUCUGGUGUACGACGUCAGCAACCCCUACUCAUUUGAAUACUGCGCCAAAGUCUUUAAGCAAUACUUCAUGGACAGCAAGACUCCGUGCAUGAUGAUCGCAGCCAAGUCAGACUUACCCGAGGUGAAGCAGAUGUACGGCUGCAGCCCUCUGGAGUUCUGCAGGAGGCACAAGAUGCCGCCUCCACAGUCCUUCACCUGUAACACGGCAGCUGAACCAAACAGAGAAAUCUACACCAAGCUAACCACGAUGGCCAUGUACCCCCACGCCCGGCUGCGCUGCAUGUGCACCUGCAACCGGUGCACGUUCUGCUUGUGUCAGAACCUCCUGAACUCUGAGCUGCUGCAGACCGUCAGGGCCAAACUCUACGCUGUCGUGCUCAGAAGACAUAUAAUCCAAGAAGACCUGACGAGCUCCACCUUCUGGCUGAGAGCAAGUGUCGGGGCCACAGUGUUUGCAGUGCUGGGCUUCGCCGUGUACAGACUACUGCUGAAGACACGGUGAUCACCUGGCAAACUGAUCCAACCCUUGUUACCAUGGUACCCAACAGGGCCAAUUUUGACCGAUCAACACAUUUGGACAAUCUUUUAUGCAAUUAGGAUAUAAUGAUUUUUGAAGAAUCUCAUUAAAACCUAUAGAUUAUUGUUGCAAGUCCCUUUUAAUUGAUGGAGAAGAUAUGUGCUCACAUAUAAACCCUCUACUUUUUCCUGAUUCUUUUCACUUGUGUUUCUCAUUUUGUGGAUAAAAUAUUUAUUUUGUAAGAGUAUGAUAAUUUGUUUAAUCUGAAUAAAAACAACUAAAGCUAUUUAUAUUUCUAUGAAGAUCUAGAUAAGCUGCUGCUAUGCCAUGAGUUAAAUAAAGCUAUUUUUGGUUGCGUGCUGAUGUGAUAGAGGUCAAUUACAUUAUAAUGAUUUUUGGGAUGUCUGAGGUCUGUAAAUAGUGUAUAUAACAUAAAAUGGCUUUUCUGCUCAUGCUUAUGGACAAACAAUAAUAAUAAGAGACAAAUGGCCAAAUCUUUCCACACAUUCCUGUCUUGUUUGCACAGCCCAGUUGAUCAUUAUUGGGUGUAAGUGUGUAAAAGAAAUGCUUUGCUGCUCUUUCAUGUUUUCCUGCAUAGGUCAUUUCUAACAUAUGCAUGUGUUUCUGUACUAAGGAAUUGGCCACACUUGUGUGUAAGCAUGCCAGGUUUCUGUGACCUCCAUAAAACAGCAAUGUCAACUUGUUCCAUUUUUUUAUAAACAUGGACUCAUUUAAGUGCUGGAUGGUGCAGAGUUGAGAAGAAUAACUGAGUGUUGAGAGAAUCAGCUCUCCUUGUCUCUGAAAAUGCAAUAAUGUGGCCACAAAACACUCAUUUUCACAAACGUCGCCACGGUAUUUAUGUAUUUCUUCUGCCCGAUCUUUCUGAACGUUUACAAUAAAUUAAUGCCUAUAAGAUGUG